UGGAGCCAUUUUGAACCCUCAGUAAGGGGGCAUUAAUUCUUUAUAUAGUUUCUGGCUCAUAAACCAACCAAAAAAUCUUGCUUCUCCAAUAUGGGCGUCUUUUAUCAAGAAGACCCACCAAAUCCUUCAAGGAAAUGCUUUCUAGCAGGUGCUUUGAAGGAUGUACUCUGCAACUGCCAUAAUUUUAGCAAACCACAGCCAAAUUCCAACGCAGAGGAUGAUUAUCCAACGAGUGACUUUGAUGAUGAAGAGGAAGAAAUUGUAUCGGAAAUCAGAAGUCGGGCAAUGGAAAAGUUGAGACGAAAGACUAACCUGUCAGACAGCUUUUCCUGGGUUUUCUCACCUGCAACCAAAGAAUUAUAUAUUACUUCAAUGGAGAUUGAGAAGAUAGAUGAACCUGGAAAUGAAGAUAACACAGGAGAUGAGUUCUACUCAGUUCAGAGUUUUCUCACAUGUUCAAGUGCUGCAACAAAGGAAGCAUUCUUUUCUGUAGAGGCCAACUUUUCCCGAUGUUCGAGCUUAAAUGGUCUUAAUUUUCUGGAUGAAGAUCUCAAGAGGCGCACCAUCUUACAGGAAUUGUUUCAUUGUGAAGGAUGGCCGUUUGGUCUUUGCAGGAAAGCGGUGUUACUUCCACCUCUGCCCAAGUCGCCAUCUGAAUCUUGGUUAUGGAGUAAGGGCACCAAAAUUGUGAAGAUAUGAUGUCAAAAUUCGGUGCUAAGUUCUGUUUUUUUGUAUUUUGCUGCUGCCAGAAGUAACGUUGAGAUUGAAGAGUAAAACGUGGCUCCUCUUAGUAACAAAAUUCUUCAAGCUAUUGAUCUGAUUAAAAACAAUUUUCAACUCUUCUUCACCUCAUAAACAUAUGUAUUAACCCUCUUAAAUUAAUUACCGCUAAUAUGCAGUUGCAGUAGUAA